GCCGCUGCCUUCUGUAACGCCCACAUCGCCGAAUUCGACGAGUACUGGCAGAAGAAGGAGGCGAUGGCUCGUGCCAACGUUCAAAAUGCCUACAACCCGAAUCCCGAGUCCGUCACCAAGCAUUUCAACGAUGCGGUGCUCAGGGAUCUGGAGAAGAACAACACGAGGAGGGGGCUUCGCGGCAAGAGACGAUACGACGGCCCGUGUAUGGCGACCAACCCGAUCGACCGGUGCUGGCGGUGCCAGAAGAACUGGGCUCACCACCGGAAGCGGCUGGCCACCUGCGCCAAGGGCUUCGGCCGCCAUGUCACCGGGGGAAAGAACGGGGACUUCUACGUCGUCACUGACCCGUCCGACUUGGACCUCGUCAACCCCCGGAAAGGCACCCUCCGCUACGGCGUGAUCCAAGACAGGCCGCUUUGGAUCGUCUUCGCCCGCGACAUGGUCAUCCGCCUCACCGAGGAGCUCAUCGUCAACAGCAACAAGACCAUCGACGGCCGCGGCGUGGACGUCCAGAUCAUGAACGGCGCCGGCAUCACCAUCCAGUUCGUCGACAACAUCAUCAUCCACAACCUCCGCAUCCACGACAUCAAGGCCGGCAACGGCGGCAUGAUCAGGGACUCCGAGCACCACUACGGCCUGCGCACCCGGAGCGACGGCGACGGCAUCUCCAUCUUCGGCGCCAGCAACGUCUGGAUCGACCACGUCUCCAUGUCCAACUGCAUGGACGGCCUCAUCGAUGCCAUCCAAGGCUCCACCGCCAUCACCAUCUCCAACGGCCACUUCACCCAGCACAACGACGUGAUGCUCUUCGGUGCCAGCGACGCGUUCUCGGGAGACGCGGUGAUGCAGAUCACAGUCGCCUUCAACCACUUCGGGAAAGGCCUCGUCCAGAGAAUGCCAAGAUGCCGGUGGGGUUUCGUCCACGUCGUUAACAACGACUACACCCAUUGGAUGAUGUACGCCAUCGGCGGCAGCCAGCAUCCUACCAUCCUCAGCCAAGGCAACCGAUUCAUCGCGCCACCGACCCUGUUCGCCAAGGAGGUGACGAAGAGGGAGUACUCACCGGAGGAAGUAUGGAAGAGCUGGCAAUGGAGGUCGGAGGGUGACCUGCUGAAGAAUGGAGCGUUCUUCGUGCCGUCAGGAGCUGGGAAACUUGGGAAUGUAUCCUACAAGGAUCUCAUCAAGGCCAAGCCGGGGACGUUCGUGACACGACUCACACGCUUCUCCGGUGCUCUCAAAUGUGUUCCCAACCGGCCAUGUUGAGGAGGACGAGGUGGGGGAAGGACGACUGGAAGAAUACAAAUCUAUGGAUGUGCUCAAGGGAGAGUCGAGAGGAGACGAACACGCCUGCAAGGAGUGGAGUUGAGAGAUUCAUAACUAUCAUAUAUGUAUUUGAUUGCAUGAAAUAUAUAAAGGCUAGCAGUCAUCGGUC